CUCAUUCCAUUCGGACGAGUAAACGAGUGAUAAUUCUCUUUGCGAGUGAUUUACAAACAAAAGUUAUAAUUAUUUGUGUUGCUCUAAAAAUUUAAUUGAGUUGAAUUAAUUAUUAUUGCACUUAACUAUAAUAAAAAUAAAUUAGUGUUUUUAAUACUAAUUUCAUCGGCCAUAUUUUGAUCAACGUUUUUUGUCCCAAGAAUUUUGCAUUUUUCCGACGACAUUCAUACCAUUUCGUUUUCGUUUAACGAUGGCCGACUCGGAUGAAAAUUCAUCUGCUCCAGUCACCGAGAUAAAAUUUAAGCCAGUAAAGAAGAAAAACCUACGGCAGCGUGUAAAACAGGAAGAGUCAGACGAUGAGGAACAGAUAUUAGCUAAACUAGAGGAAACUAAAACUAUGCAGAAACUUCGAGAAAGACCUAAUGGUGUGAGUGUUAUAGCACUUGCGACAGGUCAAAAGCCUACUUUAGACGAGGAAAUAACUUGCAAGGACCCGUUUAAAGUGAAGACUGGCGGCAUGAUCAACAUGCAGUCGCUAAAAAGCGGAAAAAUAAAGCAGGUGGAUGACGCCUACGACACGGGCAUCGGAACACAAUUUUCUGCUGAAACCAACAAACGGGACGAAGAUGAAGAGAUGAUGAAGUACAUCGAAGAGCAGUUAGCUAAGAGAAAAGAAGGGCACAAUAAUGACAAAGGCGACAAUGAACACAAUGAUUCAUUGAAAUACUUGUCGCCUGAGGAAGCUGCUUUGCUAUCCCUACCAGAACAUCUCAGGAUUUCAUCAGCAAAUCGUUCGGAAGAGAUGUUAUCUAACCAGAUGCUCAGUGGCAUCCCUGAAGUAGAUCUUGGUAUAGAUGCAAAAAUUAAAAAUAUUGAAGCAACUGAGGAAGCCAAGAUGAAGCUACUAUGGGAGAGGCAUAAUAAAAAAGAUGCUCCUUCGCAGUUUGUACCCACUAACAUGGCUGUGAACUUUGUCCAACAUAACAGAUUUAAUAUGGAGAAUGAUAGUAAGAAAAGAAAAAUAGAGAAACCAGUUGUGGUGAAGCCUGAGGACAGUGUUAUUGACGAUAGUGUGGAGAAAAUUGUGAAGAAAGCGAAAGGGGAAAGGGCAACAGAUGAUUACCAUUAUGAGAAGUUUAAGAAACAGUUUAGGAGAUAUUGAGUGCAUGUUGUUUGUGACAGUUAUUUCAAAGCCUUGCGUAUGGCUUAUCAAUUCUUUGCAAGUAUUAUGCAAAGUAGACAUUUGAACUUUGAAAAAACUGCUAUCCUAGCUAGAAUUAGAGAUAAGUGAAAAUAAAAAAAUUAAGUGUUGACAUCCACAGGUUGGACUGAAUUACAUAAUAAUAAUAUGUUUCCUUAUUUUAAUUAAGUAAUCUUAACUUUAAAUUUCUCAUUGAGUAUAUAGGAGAUGAUGAAAAUAUAUUUCAUGGUUUUCUGUUUAGA